GCUUGUGGGGUCUUCGCGGAUGAAGAUGUCCAUCCAGGAGUUUGCGGCGAGCUCGGAUGAUGAGCGCAUUCGUCAGUAUCAAGCGCUUCAGUGCUCGCCGCCGCAAGGGGAUGCGGAUGAUUGGGGGUUCUUCUUCGAGCAGGCGCGCUUGGAUGCAAGCUCUCGAAAUUCUCUCUUGGCAUCAAGCGCAUUGCGGUGCCUGGGUUUCUUCAUUAGCAACUCGAGCUAUGUGGAAAAACUUCCAGGUAGCCUUCGCCAUCCUUCUUUGUUUUAACCCUUUUUCUCUUGCCAAAACCUUAGACGAUCUGGCCUCUACAAUUCUGCUAACUUUCGUGAAGAUCGCUACUGGCAGCAGCGAGAAGUUGCAACUUAAACUUAGCAUGUGGUGCGUUUCAGUUCAGCAAUUCAAGGCUAGUAUCAUCGAGAAUCACUUUGAAAACCUCAUCAGCGCUGUAGUGUGUGCGAUCAACAACCAUUUGGGUUCGCUUUCCGUGAUCUUCGAGGCUCUACAGGCUCUUCGUUUCGUCGUUUCCAUAGCACCAGCGAAAGCACGAGCGCAUGCACACGUCUGGGCACCACCACUUUAUAUGAGGCUCGUUAGUAUGGACAAAGCCGAGAGAUGCAUGGUUUCUCAUGCCUUGGACGAGCUUCUAGUGUACAUUCGGCCUUGCUCACUUUUGUUCUUAGAGGUUUGUGCCAACGAUAUACGCACUACGUUGCUGGCAAAGCUGAUGAAAAUGGUAGCCUCCGGUGGUCAAGUUGCUCCAGCAGCCAUCAGCGCUUGGAAAAUGUUUAUCACAUUGCUCGGUAGCCAUCUUAUCAGCAAUAAGUCACUAGCAAAUGAGCUGAUCAAAGUUCCGGAGCUCGCAUUCACGAAGAACGACGCUCAGGCCAGGAUUGCAACUUAUGACGCUUGGGAAUCGUUUAUUGAUGCAGUUAUACCGCCUGACGACGCUCAGCCGAAGCGCCUCAAGCUCCUGUUGACGCCUAUUCUAUCUGCUAUCAAGAGCGAGCGUGUUCUAUCAGUCAAGUCCCGAUAUUGCAAGACAUGGAUACAUAUCCUGGAAGUGCUCGGUACGCGUUUGAACGAUCCUCAAAACUUCAAGCACAGCGUUGUUCCAGUCAUUCAAGCUGUCGUAAAUGUCGACCCGGUGCGAGAUCCGUGGGUUUGGCGAAACUGCAUUGCACUGGUGGAAACGUAUGCUUCGACGAACUUAUCAUCGACACCAGACUUCACUCGACUUACGUUUGCAACGUCCGAUAUCCAAGGAGACCAGCCUUUGUUAGAAGAAGCAACGAAGUUGAAUUUCGAGCCAUGGACUCUCAAAGGUGUUGAAGUUCUUGAAGAGGCAAUGAGGCUUUUCUGGGACUGUGGAAUGAAGAGCCUGGAGGAAAAGAGAGACUGGAGCCUGGCUGCUGCCGCCAGGCUAUGGUACAUCAUCGUGAAGACCAUGGUGGCGGCUCAACACAGUCCUGAGCAGCGAGACGGUGUACAUUGGCUCCUGGGAUUCGCCGUCGGGCUUUGCAACGAGGAAAACUCUCCGAGUAUUUGGAAGACUUGGGCAUGGAACUUCUUUAGAGUUCUUAUCGACGAGCUCGGACCCAUGGUUUUAGCAUCGUCCUUCUACAGAACUCCAUGGCGGCGCUCUCAUACUUUAUUAUCUUGGACGGAGCAUACGACUGUGCUGGUACGUCCGGUUGUGCACAUGCUGGCUGCCUGGAUGGACAUGCUUCUCCGGGAACCAGAAGAGUCUAUUCUUCACGGGACUGAAACGCUUCUCUGUGCUUUAAGAGCACCUUUCGACGUCCUUGGAAGUGUUCAAGAACAGGUGGCCUGCUUAAGUCUGCUGUAUUCAGCAGCUGGCGGUAAAAAACCGAAGAUGGCGAGCGCGUUCCUUCUGCAAUGGUGGAACUCGGUAGCAGAGCAGCUGCUAAACUACGUCGAUGAAACUAGUGAUAUUGGUGGUGAAGGGAAAACUGGUUGUAUAUGCGACGCUCUUCUUUUCCCCGUGAAGUGCUUUUUCCAACCCGGAGGAAGAGAACUCAGCUCUACGAGAACACUUUGGAUCCAGCUUUAUGAAGCAACUUGGAGAGUUUCGUCGUUGAAAAAUCGCAGCUUCCUGCAAGAGCUUUAUCGACGGCUGGUUAAGCUUAUUGACGAACAAAUCUCAAGUGGUCUAAGGUUGACAGGUCUCACCGAAUUUCUCGAGCUUGCGGGAUUUGGUGUUAGUCAUGCCCUCAGACAAGCAGACGUCCACAAAUCCAAGACCGGGAAAAGGAGAAGCUUUAAUGUUGCUGAUGGAGAAAUGCGGGAUGUUAUCACUGUCGCAAACAGGGUGCUGAUGUUGGCAGGAACGGAGUGUCCCUCUACGAUUAAAAUCAUAACAAGGGUCCUGGAAGCACUGGCAUUUUAUAGCAAACGAGUCAGCAGUCAGCACAACGCCUUACGACUUCUACACGUUCUCGAGAAGCCUUUGAACUUGUUACUGAGCGCCGACAAGAGCUUUCCUGCAUCGUUGCUGGAAAAGCUUCAUCAGUUGUGGGACGGCCUACUCUCCUGUCUUCAAAGGUGUCAGCCCGAGAUGGUCUUCGACUCCGACCUUCUCUUUCUCCAGGCAUCGAGCUUGGCCUGUGCAUUGGAGCAUCCGUAUGAUCCAAUCUCGAACAGGACUCUGGCAUUCUGGGAAGAGACUUACGCCAGGACGCCAGCCUUGAGCUAUCCCAGCAGCCUUCUUCCAUCACUAGCGAAGCUCAAAAGUCAGGUGGCGAUCACUUUACCAGGACUAGUUGCGUCAGACCUCGAGCCAUACACAACGCAAAUCAUGCCUGGUAGUCUGGACGCGCAGAGUAUGGAGAACAGAACACCUGAGGCCACGCCACUCAAAAAAGUCUUCUCGGCAGCAGCAACAGGUGGACAAGUACUAGCCACUGACGAGAUCCCGAGAAAGAAAGUCCGGCUCAGCAAUGCGGGACGAAUGGAGAUGGAAGAUAAAAGCAGCGGCUACGUGCUUAUCCCAAGCCAGCCUCAGAAGGAACUCGCUCUCACGGAUCACCAGAAGGAAGUCCGGAAGCUCCAGAGGGAACAGGGAGCCGGAGUGAAGACUUACACCACCGUCGACUUCAGCCAGGCCGAUUUCGAUACUCCAGCGGACUCCCUCGACGUUGAUAUCUUGGACACCGCUGUUGUGGACGAAGCACUCAAGCUCGCCGGGGAUUUCACGGGUCCACACUCUCUGGAGCUUGCUCCAAGGAACCUCAAGGCUCAAAGAAUUUACUCGUCUCAUGGAGGAGCCCAAGCGUUUGAGCGAGAAGAGGAGUCCUCGGGCGAGAUUGGCGUGCUUGAGAUGCUGUUGACGUGCUCUUGGGAGAAGUUUGAUAAGGAGGAUCUCAAACGUUCCAAGGCAUUGCUAGAGCUUUUGCAAAGCAAAGUAGAUCAAGCUUUGCUCUCAAGAUGUCUUCAGUCAUAAAGCAAUUUGAGGCCGAGUAACUUUUAUUUAAAAAACAAAUAAAGGAAAUAAGGA